UAUUGGUGGUUGUUUACUUGUAUAUUUCAUUUUCGGUUGCACACACUAACAUCAAAUCACUUGCAUUUGAAAAAACCUAACAAAAUUCUCUCCUGCUCGCCGUUCUAACAGCUGGAAACUUGGAUUGAAUCCAUCAAUGGCGAAAAUCAAUAACGUGAAAUCCCUUGAGGAGCAUUAUCUCCUUAAGGAUCCUGUAAAACCUAUGGAAGCCAGUGAAAAUACUGAACAUGAAAACACCAGAGCCAAAAAACCAGAGAUUAAGCUUGAAACAGCACCGGCAGAUUAUCGAUUCCCAACUACAAAUCAAAGCAGGCAUUGCUUUAGCCGAUAUGUUGAGUACCAUCGGUGUGUUGCUGCCAAGGGAGAAGGUGCACCUGAAUGUGAUAAGUUUGCAAAAUACUACAGGUCGCUUUGCCCAGGCGAAUGGGUAGACAGGUGGAAUGAGCAAAGGGAGAAUGGCACUUUUCCCGGUCCUCUGUAAAAGAGUCGACGGUUAGGUCCCUGGUAUGCAACCGAACCAAUGAGGUAAUAAAACAUUUAGUUGUGUCUGGAGAGUCGGGUUUAGAAACAACAUAUGACAGUGUUGCUCCUCGUUCGAAUGUUUUUGUGGCAAUUACAAUUUGUUUUGACAUGAGGUUAAUAAAAAGUAGCCGGUUAUUGAGUUCA